AUGUCUGCUGCUAGAACUGGUAACACUGUAGAUAUUGCUGGAGAAUGGUAUGCAGAACCAAGGUCAUUGCUUGGUUCUGCUAAUCUUGGGUGCUGGAAACCAAAGGGAGGAGAAAGGAUAACACCUGUUACCCUCUUACAGGGAGAAAUGGACGAGACAGUUAUUGUUUCAUUAAAGCUGUGUGGCUUCAUUUCCAACCUGCUCGAUCGUCUCUUUAUUUUACUGGACACUGGUACAACACCAGUAACGAGAAAAGCAGCUGCACAGCAACUUGGGGAAGUAGUGAAACUGCAUCCUCAUGAACUGAAUAACCUCUUGUCUAAAGUGUUAGUGUAUUUAAGAAGUACCAAUUGGGAUACACGUAUUGCAGCUGGCCAGGCUGUUGAAGCAAUAGUGAAAAACGUACCUGAGUGGAAUCCAACACCAAGAGCAAAGCAAGAACCAGGCUCAGAAAGUCCUAUGGAAGAUUCACCUUCAACAGAUCGGUUGCGUUUUGACAGAUUUGAUAUAUGUCGGUUGUUGAAACAUGGUGCAUCUCUUCUUGGAUCUGCUGGCGCAGAAUUUGAAGUCCAAGAUGAUAAAUCAGGUGAAAUUGAUCCUAAGGAGAGGAUUGCACGACAGAGGAAACUGUUACAAAAGAAACUUGGCUUAGACAUGGGUGCUGCAAUUGGGAUGAAUACUGAAGAUCUGUUCAAUGAUGAAGAUCUGGACUAUUCGCCUUCUUCAGUUUCACUAGUAAACAAACAACCUACUCUUCAGGCUGCUGAGUUAAUUGACUCAGAGUUUCGAGCUGGUAUGAGUAGUAGACAAAAAAAUAAAGCCAAAAGAAUGGCUAAGCUGUUUGCAAAGCAAAGAUCCAGAGAUGCAGUGGAAACUAAUGAGAAGAGCAAUGAUAGCACUGAUGGGGAACCAGAAGAAAAGAGAAGAAAAGUUGCAACUGUUGUCAUCAACCAGCCUGCCACAGACUCAAAAACAUCGGUAGAAAAUGCUACAGAAGAGGCAAAUGAAUGGCCUCUGGAAAGCUUUUGUGAAGAGGUGUGCAAUGAUCUCUUUAACCCUUCUUGGGAGGUUCGACAUGGUGCAGGUACUGGACUGAGAGAGAUACUUAAAGCUCAUGGCAAAAGUGGUGGUAAAAUGGGAGACAGCUCUUUAGAAGAGAUGAUUCAACAGCAUCAGGAGUGGCUAGAAGACUUGGUUAUUAGACUUCUUUGUGUGUUUGCAUUAGACAGAUUUGGAGACUUUGUUUCAGAUGAAGUGGUAGCACCAGUACGUGAGACUUGUGCUCAGACUUUGGGAGUGGUGUUGAAACAUAUGAAUGAGACUGGAGUUCAUAAAACUGUGGAUGUUCUCCUGAAGCUGCUUACACAGGAACAGUGGGAAGUGAGACAUGGUGGUCUCUUAGGAAUAAAGUAUGCUUUGGCAGUACGUCAGGACAUGAUCAACACUUUGUUACCUAAAGUGUUGCCUGCAAUAAUUGAAGGUCUCCAAGAUCUGGAUGAUGAUGUCCGAGCUGUUGCUGCAGCAUCUUUAGUACCAGUGGUGGAAAGCUUGGUCCAACUUCAGUCUCAGAAGGUGCCUUUUAUUCUUAAUACCUUGUGGGAUGCACUUCUGGAGUUAGAUGACUUGACUGCUUCCACAAACAGUAUCAUGAUCCUUCUUUCUUCCCUUCUGACUUAUCCUCAGGUCCGCAAAUGCAGUAUUCAGCAAUCGCUGACAGUUUUGGUCCCGCGUGUGUGGCCCUUCUUGCAUCACACUAUCUCUUCUGUCCGAAAAGCAGCACUGGAAACAUUAUUCACACUGCUGUCCACCCAAGACCAGAGCUCAUCAACAUGGCUGACUCCAAUUCUCCAAGAUAUGCUGAGACACAUAUUUCAAUUUUGUAUCUUAGAAAGCAACCAAGAAAUUUUGGAUCUUAUUCACAAGGUAUGGCUGGAACUGUUAAACAAGGCAUCUGUACAGUAUGUAGUUGCAGCUGCAUGUCCAUGGAUGGGAGCCUGGCUCUGCUUAAUGAUGCAGCCAUCUCAUUUACCCAUUGACUUAAACAUGUUGCUAGAAGUAAAAACAAGAUCAAAAGAAAAGGCAGGAGCUAAACUACGUCAAGGUCAAACCCAGAAUAAGGAAGUGAUUCAGGAAUAUAUUGCUGGGGCAGAGAGCAUUGCAGAAGAUCCAGCAACCCGGGAUUAUGUGGUCAUGCGAGCUCGAAUGAUGGCAGCAAAGCUGCUGGGAGCGCUCUGUUGCUGCAUUUGUGACCCAGGUGUAAAUACUGUUACUCAAGAAAUAAAGCCAGCUGAAUCAUUAGCUCAGCUACUGCUCUUCCACUUGAAUUCUAAAUCUGCCUUGCAGAGGAUUAGUGUUGCAUUAGUAAUCUGUGAGUGGGCAGCUUUGCAAAAGGAGUGUAGAAGUGUGGCUGUUUGUGUGCAGCCUCGUUUACUUGGGGUCCUUUCUGAACAUCUCUAUUAUGAUGAAAUUGCUGUUCCUUUUACACGAAUGCAGAAUGAAUGUAAACAACUCAUCUCAUUGUUAACUGAUGCAAACAUUGACAUUGGAAACAGAGUAAACUGCAGUGUAUUCACAAUCGAUCAGGCUAAUGAGCUGGUUACUUCCGUUUUCAAUGAAGUGACAUCAUCCUUUACUUUGAAUCCUAAAAUUCUGCAACAAUUGGACAGUAAACGGCAACAGGUCCAAAUGACUGUUACAGAAACAAAUCAAGAAUGGCAAGUGUUGCAUCUGCGAGUCCAUACAUUUGCUGCAUGUGCAGUUGUGAACUUGCAGCAACUUCCAGAAAAACUAAAUCCUGUUAUAAAACCCUUAAUGGAAGCUAUCAAAAAAGAGGAGAAUACACUUGUACAAAACUAUGUGGCUUCAUGUAUAGCAAAGUUACUUCAGCAGUGUACAACAAGGUCUCCUUGUCCCAACUCAAAAAUUAUAAAAAAUCUCUGCAACUCUCUCUGUGUGGAUCCACAUCUUACCCCAUUAGCAGCGUGUCCUGCACAGCCUCAGACUAGCCAUGAGAACUCAAAAGGGCCCAACUCUGAUAAAGAUGGGAUGCAUCAUACAGUUACCAAGCAUAGGGGAAUAAUUACACUGUAUAGACAUCAGAAAGCUGCUUUUGCCAUCACAAGUCGGCGAGGUCCUACUCCAAAAGCUCCAAAAGCCCCAAUUGCAGAUCUCCCCACUGGCAGCAGUGGAAGCAUUCCUACAGAACUUGAUGAGGCUCAGAAACCAUAUGUUGUACAGAGAAGAGGAGCUGAAUUUGCCUUAUCUACUAUAGCUAAACAUUUUGGUGCUGAAAUGGCAACAGGAUUGCCACAUCUCUGGGAUGCUAUGGUUGGUUCAUUAAGGAACAACAUUCACACCAAUAAUUUUGACCGAAAGUCCUUGCUGGAAAAAGGAGAUGCUCCUGCCCAGGAGCUAGUAAAUUCUUUACAGGUUUUUGAAACAACAGCAGCUUCAAUGGAUACUCAGCUACAUCCUCUGUUAAUACAGCAUUUGCCUCAUCUUUAUAUGUGCCUUCAACAUCCCAGCACUGCAGUGAGACACAUGGCUGCUCGUUGUGUAGGUGUUAUGAGCAAAAUAGCUACCAUGGAAACAAUGAAUAUCUUCUUAGAGAAAGUUCUACCAUGGUUGGGAGCAAUAGAUGACAACACCAAACAAGAAGGUGCAAUUGAAGCACUUGCAUGUGUAAUGGAGCAGCUGGAUGUUGGUAUAGUUCCAUACAUUGUUCUUCUAGUGGUUCCAGUUCUGGGUAGAAUGAGUGAUCAGACUGACAGUGUACGUUUUAUGGCUACUCAGUGCUUUGCAACACUAAUUAGACUCAUGCCUCUUGAGGCUGGUAUACCAGAUCCACCAAACAUGUCUGAAGAAUUAAUCCGAAUGAAAGCCAAAGAACGUCACUUUCUGGAACAGUUAUUGGAUGGCAAAAAACUGGAAAACUAUGAAAUUCCAGUACCAAUCAAAGCAGAGCUCAGAAAAUAUCAGCAGGAUGGAGUGAACUGGCUGGCAUUUCUCAAUAAAUACAAACUUCAUGGAAUUCUUUGUGAUGACAUGGGCUUAGGAAAAACUUUACAGUCCAUUUGCAUUCUUGCAGGUGAUCAUUGCCUCAGGGCUCAGGAAUAUGCAAGAACAAAACUGGUGGACAGUGUUCCUCUUCCCUCCUUGGUGGUGUGCCCUCCUACACUCACAGGACACUGGGUGGAUGAAGUGGGCAAAUUUUGCUCAAAAGAGUAUCUUAAUCCUUUGCACUAUACAGGACCUCCUACUGAAAGAGCAAGGUUACAACACCAGGUGAAAAGACACAAUCUCAUAGUGGCUUCAUAUGAUGUUGUGAGAAAUGACAUUGACUUCUUCAGAAAUAUUAAGUUUAAUUACUGCAUUCUUGAUGAAGGCCAUGUAAUAAAAAAUGGAAAAACAAAGCUGUCAAAAGCAGUAAAGCAGCUGACUGCCAAUUACAGGAUAAUUCUUUCUGGGACACCAAUCCAGAACAACGUCUUAGAGUUGUGGUCACUGUUUGACUUCCUUAUGCCAGGAUUUUUGGGUACUGAACGGCAAUUUGCAGCUCGUUAUGGCAAACCAAUACUGGCAAGUAGAGAUGCCCGAAGCUCCAGCAGAGAACAAGAGGCUGGGGUCCUUGCAAUGGAAGCACUGCACCGCCAAGUUCUGCCAUUCCGGCUACGGAGGAUGAAAGAGGAUGUACUGCAAGAUCUUCCACCCAAAAUUAUUCAAGAUUAUUACUGCAUUCUCAGUCCUCUGCAGGUUCAGCUUUAUGAAGAUUUUGCGAAGUCUCGUGCCAAAUGUGAUAUUGAUGAAACAGUUUCUUCAAUUUCAUUGAAUGAAGAAACUGAAAAGCCAAAGCUUAAAGCUACAGGUCAUGUAUUUCAGGCAUUGCAAUACUUACGGAAGCUAUGCAACCAUCCAGCAUUAGUGUUAACAACCCAACAUCCAGAGUAUAAAAGAAUUACAGAGCAACUUGCAGCUCAUAAUUCAUCCCUUCGAGAUAUCCAACAUGCACCUAAGCUGUCUGCUUUAAAACAACUGCUCCUGGACUGUGGUUUGGGGAAUGGUGGAUCUUCAGAAAGCGGUACAGAAGCUGUUGUAGCCCAGCACAGAGUACUUAUCUUCUGUCAACUUAAAAGCAUGCUGGAUAUAGUGGAGCAUGACCUUCUCAGACCUCAGUUACCUUCAGUUACUUACUUGCGACUAGAUGGCAGCAUACCUGCUGGUCAGAGGCAUUCCAUUGUUUCACGGUUUAAUAAUGACCCAUCUAUAGACGUUCUUUUGCUUACCACUCACGUUGGUGGAUUAGGACUUAAUUUAACAGGGGCUGAUACAGUCGUAUUUGUGGAACAUGACUGGAAUCCAAUGAGAGACCUGCAAGCCAUGGAUCGGGCACAUCGCAUUGGGCAGAAACGUGUUGUUAAUGUCUAUCGGCUGAUAACUAGGGGAACUCUGGAGGAGAAGAUCAUGGGUCUUCAAAAGUUCAAAAUGAAUGUUGCAAAUACAGUGAUCAGCCAAGAAAACACAAGCCUACAGAGCAUGGGAACAGAACAGCUGCUUGAUCUGUUCACUCUUGACAAGGAUGGAAAAACUGAGAAAGCAGAUACCUCUACCUCUUCUGGGAAAGCAUCAAUGAAAUCAGUACUCGAAAACCUUGGAGAACUAUGGGAUCAAGAACAGUAUGACACUGAAUACAGUCUUGAAAACUUUAUGCAUUCAUUAAAGUAACUAUCAUAGAUUUGUAAUACAGCUGCUGCUAGUUCACGUCUUUUUUCUGCUGAUAUUCAGCAAACUUAAAGCAUAUAUAGUGAACCUUUAGCUUAAUGUGUAAAUAGAUUUAUUGAAAGAAGAAUCUUCAAAAGACUGGCACUGAGUGGUGUCACCUCUUUCACUGGGGAGCUAUUCUGUCUUAAAUGUUUGCACUGUAUAAAAACUUUAAAUGUAAACAUUGUGAGGUGGUUUAAAUUUUACUUGUUCUGAAUGGCUACAAAUUCUUACUUGGCAGAAGAAUAAAACAAAGCAAGUUUUUACAUA